GCUCGGACAGGAGGGCUUUCCUGAGGAAGUAAGAAUUUAUAGGUGACAUUGCACCCCACGAGCAGGCCUCUGCAGUGGAUGCUCCUUCCGCACCAGCGAAAUCACGUCAGCUCUUCCUCCAGGACAGUGAUCCUUCCCAAGGACGUUCGGGAAUCUUUGGAAUGGUGGACUUCACCGGCCAUUCUCCGGGGAACCUGCUUCAGGGAACCGCCCCGGUUGACCAUCACCACGGAUGCCAGCCUCUUUGGCUGGGGAGCACAUUUGGAAUCACACCUGGCUCAGGGCCAAUGGUCGGAACUCGAAGCUCAACGCAGCAUCAAUUUCCUGGAGCUACGAGCUAUUUUCCUAGCACUCCAAGCAUUCUCGACACUCAUCACCGGUCAACACAUUCUGAUUUUAACGGACAACACUACGGCCAAGGCCCACGUGAAUCGUAUGGGCGGCACGCAUUCUCGUUCUCUUCUUCAGGAGGCUUUCCGACUAGACCUUUGGGCGGAGGCCCAUCUUGCCUCACUGAAGGCCGACCACAUUUCGGGGGUUACCAACAUCAUGGCAGAUUCUCUGAGUCGGAAUACCAUCGAUCAAUCGGAAUGGGCUCUUGUACCUUCGUUGUUCAACGAUCUGUCGGCAAGGUUUGGCCUCCCUCAAGUAGACCUAUUCUCUUCCACCUACAACCAUCAACUUCCGCAGUACUUCACACGGUUCCCAUCCCGUGGAGUGGAAGCGGUGGAUGCCUUACGCAGCCCUUGGCCUCAGGGCCUUCUCUAUGCCUUCCCUCCUCUCCCCGAUUCCCAGGGUAAUCCGCAGGUUACUGGAGCAGAGAUCCGAGCUGAUACUUGUCGCCCCCUAUUGGCCCAGGAGACCGUGGUUCGCAGAUCUCCUGGCACUGUCGGUUCAGGAUCCAUGGAGGAUACCAGACUGCAAAGUGGCGCUUCACCAGGGUCCCAUUCAACAUCCAGAUCCACAAUGGCUCUGCCUAACCGUCUGGAGGUUGAGCGGAUCAUCUUAAAGAAGGCUCAGGUUCCUACCAGCAUCAUCCCAACCAUUCAAGCGGCCCGUCGCGAUUCCACUUCUCGCAUCUAUCAGGCCACCUGGCGGGCAUUCGUGACCUGGUGUGAGGCACGGUCCAGAUCUGCUACUUCUGCAUCAGUAGUACAUGUACUGGAAUUCCUCCACGAUGGUUUCAAGGCUGGACUAUCACCAAACACCUUGAGGCGACAAUUGGCAGCUAUAUCUUCGAUACUUACCUGUGGAUCUCAUCAUUCCCUAUCUAGAGAACCUCUCCUGCGGGAUUUUCUCCGGGGGGCCACCAACUUGAGACCACCUGUGGUUCAUAGAUUCCCUUCCUGGAGUUUACACAAGAUUCUCUCUUCUCUGACCAGGAGUCCAUUUGAACCAUUGAGAGAGGCACCAAUUCGAUACUUACCUGUGGAUCUCAUCAUUCCCUAUCUAGAGAACCUCUCCUGCGGGAUUUUCUCCGGGGGGCCACCAACUUGA